CGGCCUUCACCACAAAUACUUUCCAAGUUGGCGCCUGCCGGAGGUCCGUGGAGGAAGCCUCGGAGGAAUCCCUGGAAGAUGAGGAGCUUAUUGCCUCUCCCCGACUGAGUGAAGCUUACCAGGAUGCUGAUUCAGAAGAUUCUACCUCAAUGAAGGCGGAUAUAAAAUGUCUACACCUGGAUCUGCACAGAGUAUGGAAGGCUGACAAGAGUCCCAGAGACCCAGCAGGAGACAGGAGCAACAGCAGAGGAGUGGAAGAGAGAGAAAAAGCCCAAGAUGAUCAACUGCAGACCACCAAG